AUGGCUAUAGACUCAACAUCGAUAACUGCGGCACAUAAUGACAAUUUAUCACCGCCUACAUCACCGCUGCCACGGAAAGAACCGCUUUCAUUAAAUGGGGUUAAUUCUGCUACUGGUGCUAUUAGAGAAUCUCAACCUAGCACACCUACACGUCCGAAAUCCGAUCAUUCCGGAGUCACAAUCCCUUGGACUAUUGACACGAAGUAUUAUUCAGUCAAAGUCGAUUUUUGGAUCGAUGAAACAGAGGCCCAUAAGAAGGCUGAACUGGAGAAGAUGAUCGAGGAUGGUGAGCUGGACGAAAUGGGUGCAGUUGUGGAAGCUGUCAUCUUCUGUUUUUCCAAAAACGAGCCGUCAACAUUUUACGAUAUAAAGCCAUGGCUUGCGUUCGUUGAGAGACACGAACCCUCUAUCACGCUAUGUGUUGCAACAGGAGCACCAAAACCUUCGCCUCAUCAGGAGGAGAGGCUUAACAUUCCUGAAAGAGAGGAGGUUGUAGAUGAUUAUGAUGAAUGGUGUCUCGGUAACGGCUUUGAAUUCGUUGAUCUCGAGGACCAACCGAGCAACUUGACACACGAUGAACAUGUUGGCCUAGAUCGAAUUAUGGAGGCCUUGGCGGCACAUAUGUGGGAUGGAUUAAAGAAAAAGAGUAGCAAGAAACGUGAACAACACGAUCGUAGUAUGAUGAUGUCGUUCCGGGAUGAUGACAUAGACAUGGAUUCAUCAUGGAGAGGCAGUGUAUCGAGAAAGAGUCUCAUGAACUUGGAUGCAGCUGACUUGAACUUGCAUGAUGACAUACAAGAAAUGGACUAUGAUGGCAAUGAUGAUAGUGAAGAUGAAGACGAGGGUGAUGACAAGGCUUUCUCUAGAGCUCUCCAGGAGCUUAACAUGCAUAAUCGAUCUGCAUCUCCUACCGCACCUGUCCCUGGCCCAGGUAUUUCGUCCUCGCAAUCAAGCUUAGGGGUUAGUUCGUCAUUCCCAGAUGAGCAUAGAGCCAGUAAAAACAAUGAUCAUGGUUUUGAUGACGAAUUUGGAGCCGAUGGUCAUGAGAUUAAGGAAUUAGAAGGCGAUGAGCUAAGCUUUUGGUCAAGUCAGGAUUCAACAGGACGGUCUGACCUAAUUGACCGCACUUUGGAGAGACAAUUUAAAAAGUUUCUAGGACAGCCAGUUGAUGACUCUGUCACAACAUCCUCAGAGUAUGGUGGCAAGGAGUCUUCAGGGGAAUUGGACUCUUCAUUGGAAAAGGAUUUUUCAUCAUUUGAGCUGAAUGAGGAUGGAGAAUUUGAAUUUGGUGACUUUGUUGUCUCUGAAGGCCCUGGGGGCGAAGAGUUGGAGGACUUGGAUAUCAAUUUUGGAGUCCGUGGUAUGUCCACACCGAACCAAGAAUCUAUCAGAUCUAUGCAUAGAGCAUUGUUUGCCAAUAUUGACGAUGAAGAAGGAAUGGCUCAGACCAUUGCCACGCUACAGGGACUUCGAGAGCAAGGCAAGGCUAUGUCGGAGAAUGAUAGGCGAGAAUUGGCAGCUAGGGUGGCAUUGUCGUUUGGGAUGCAAAUGGGCGAGUAG